UCUGGUGUUGCACCGCUCAUCCCCAUUGCCAUUUGCAAAGAAACUUGCGCCUUCAUAUCUGCUUCUACUCUAUCUCUUUAUCCACACACGUCUACCCAAAAGUAAGGAAGACUUAACCAGCUCUUUGAGUCUUGAGACGCUUUCCUCAUCUGGGUUCUGUGUCUUUUCUCAAGAUUCAAGACAAUGGAUAUUGCGCAUUUCUUGUUCGGAAUCUUCGGAAAUGCUACUGCUCUGUUCCUCUUCUUGGCCCCAAUGAUUACUUUUAAGAGGAUCAUAUGGCACAAGUCCACAGAGGAUUUCUCAGGCAUUCCAUACGUGAUGACCUUGCUCAAUUGCCUCCUUUCCGCUUGGUAUGGCCUUCCCUUUGUAUCCCCUAACAACAUGUUAGUAUCAACAAUCAACGGCACCGGUGCAGCAAUCGAGUUCAUAUACGUGGUGAUCUACAUCAUAUAUGCGCCCAAGAAAGAGAAGGCUAAGAUUUCGGGGCUCCUGAUGUUUGUGCUCACCGUGUUCUCGACAGUGGCCUUGGUCUCCAUCUUUGCCCUGCAUGGCAAGAGCAGGAAGCUCUUCUGUGGCUUUGCUGCUACCAUUUUCUCCAUCAUCAUGUAUGCCUCACCUCUAUCAAUUAUGAGGACUGUGAUUAGAACUAAGAGUGUCGAAUUCAUGCCAUUUUUCCUGUCGCUGUUUGUGUUCUUGUGCGGCACUUCCUGGUUUGUCUUUGGUCUACUCGGUCAUGACCCUUUUGUUUCUGUGCCCAAUGGCUUCGGGUGCGGUCUGGGGGCCGUGCAACUGAUAUUGUACUUCAUCUUCCGUGACAACAAGGGCGGGCCAAAGAAACCAACUACUGUAGAAUCUGUGGAGGUGGGCCUUCCUAAAAUUCAUCCCCAAGAGCAGAAAUCCACCGCAAAUGGAUCAGCUCUGCAAGGGCACGACUAAAAUCUCCUGUUUCAUAUCAUUGGACAACCCCCGCAUCAUUUUCAAUAAUCCUGUAAUUCGUGACUAAAAUCUCCUGUUUCAUAUCAUUGGAUCAUCCCGCAUCAUUUCCAAUAAUCCUGUAAUGCGUGCAGCAUUCGUAUCAAAUUUCCCUUCUGUAAGUUGUAGCUUUGCUUCUGUGAUGACAACGCCAUGUGAGAUGGAAGAUUGUAUACGAACCAACUGUACGAUAUUUCAGUGUAAUAAUUUCAUGCUUAAAUGCUCCAAGCACUGUUCGAAUUACAA